AUGAAAACUAAGAAAAGCCGUGUUCGAACUCCAUCUGCUUUGUCUGGCCCCUCGGUCCGAAGAACUGGGCAGCUGGAGACUCAUACGUCGAAAACAAUCGCUGCUCCGAUCUUCUUCUUCUUCUCUUUCUCCUCCUUCUCCUCCUCCUCCUUCUUUUUCUUCUUGUUCUUCUCCGACCUUCUCCUUCUUCUCCGAUCUUCUCCUUCUCCUUCUCCUCCUCCUUCUUCUCCGAUCUUCUUCUUCUUCUUCUCCUCCUCCUCAUUCUCCUCCUCCUUCUUCUUCUUCUUCUUCUUCUUCUUCUUCUCUUUCUUCUCCUUCUUCUUCUUCUCCUUCUCCUCCUUUUCCUCCUCCUCCUUCUUCUUCUUCUUCUUCUUCACCAAUCUUCUCCUCCUCCUCCUCCUCCUCUUUCUUCUCCGAUCUUCUCCUUCUCCUCCUUCUCCUCCUUUUUCUUCUUCUUUUUCUUCUCUGAAUUUCUUAUUAUUCUCCUCCUUCUUCUUCUUUUCCUCUCCCUCUUCCUCCUUCUUCUUCUUCUUCUUCUCUUCCUCAUUCUCCUUCUUCUUCUUCUUCUUCUUCUUUUCCGAUCGUCUUCUUCUUCUCCGAUAUUCUUCUCCUUUUCCUCCUCCUCCUCCUCCUUCUUCUUCUCUGAUCUUCUCCUUCUCCUUCUCCUCCUCCUUCUUCUUCUCCGAUCUUUUUCUUCUUCUUUUUGUGUCGACAUCCAAUCUACCCAUUUCUCUCUAG